GGUCACCGUGGAGACAGAGACUCGCCUGCAGGUGGCAAAGAGGGAGCUGGGUGGCAUCGUACCUCUGGCCAUGGAAAGGGAGAUUUUGAACACGGCGGUCCUGAAUGGGAAGACGGUGGCGGUGCCCGUGAAGGUGGUGACCGUGGGGGUGGACGGCGUGGUGACGGACGUGUCCGACGCGGUGGACUGCCGCUCCACGGACGAAGACAUCGUCAAGCUUUACUGGGCUGUGUCCGACCACUGUGACUACGUGUACGUGAAUGGCAAGGAGCAGAGGGGCCGCGUGCGGAUGAUGGUCAACUUCACCUACAGCUACCUGAGCGCCCAGCUGGAGAUGAGCGUGUGGGUGCCGCGCCUGCCCCUGCAGAUCGAGCUGUCGGACAACGAGCUCAGCCAGAUCAAAGGCUGGAGGAUCCCCAUUCAGACCAGCAGCAACCAGAGGUCCGCCCGUGAUAGCGAUGACGAGGAGGAGGACGAGCGUGGCCGAGGAGGGCGGAGCUGCACUCUCCAGUACCAGAAUGCAAUGCUGCGCGUGCUCACCCGCUUCGUGGCCGAGUCGGCGGAAUCCCGCGGUCAGCUGACCUACAUGCUGGGCUCUGAUUGGCACGUGGACAUCACAGGGCUGGUGGGGGACUUCCUGAAGGUGGAGGACCCGCGGGUCGUGCGUCUGAUGGAGGGGCGGCGUCUAGUGGGCUUAGACACUGGCAUGACUGCCAUACAGGUGCUGUCGCCGCUGUCGGACUCCAUCCUGGCGGAGCGUACGGUGCGCGUGCUGGAGGACCGCGUGAGCAUCACAGAGUUGGGCCUGCAGCUGGUCAGCGGCCUCUCGCUCAGCCUGCAGCUCAGCCCAGGAAGCAACAGAGCCGUCCUGGCCACCGCCACCACCCAGGAGGAGCUGACCAGCCUCAAACAGGAGGCGCUAGUAAGUGUCUGGCUGCAGUUCAGCGAUGGCUCGUCGGCGCCCCUGGACCUCUACGACCCCUCCACCUUCCAGCUGAGUGCCGCGUCUCUGGACGAGUCCGUGCUACAGGUGCAAACGCAGCGCUGGCCAAUCAUCACAGCCCAGGCUGAGGGCCAGGGCAUGCUCCUGCGGGUCGAACUGAGCGUGCCCGAAACGUGCCAGCGCUACAAGCCUCGUCGCGCCACCUUGGCGAGCGGCACUUGCCACGUCCGGGUUCGCUUCGGGCAACCCGACCCGCCGGAGGGGGCAGAGGAUGGGGGGCGAGGGCGCACCAUGAGCCGGCCUCCCCAGAGGCGACCGCCGUCCGUGUCCUCGGCCAGCGUGCACUAUGGCAUCGUUGCCGUGUCGGACGCUAGCGACACCGUCAUGAGGAGGUUUGGCACCACGCCCACCUCCACCACCAGGACCGACAUCCUACGGAGGCCCGGAGGGGACAAACUGUCAGACGACGGCAGCCAGCUUCCCAUAGACUUUGCGGACUUCCCAGCACAGGUGGAUAUCCCCAGGGGUCGCAACGUAGACGGCGAGGACAACGGCGAGGACAACGACAGUCUGGAUGACGAGGACGACCUGCUGCAGAGCCCGCGGGGGGGGCUGACGGACCUGGAGAUCGGCAUGUACGCGCUGCUGGGCGUCUUCUGCCUGGCCAUCCUGGUCUUCCUCAUCAACUGCGUCUCCUACACCCUCAAGUACCCACACAAGGCGCUGGGGGGCGGCGAGGAAGGGCCCGAGGGCGGCGCCGCGGGGCCCCACGCCCACGACUGGGUCUGGCUGGGCAGCGAGGCGGCCGAGCUGGGGCUGGGGCUCGGGCAGGUGCACCGCUCGCCCGACGGCAGCAGCACUGGGGGGGGAGGAGGAGGGGGCAAUAAGGAGCUGGCGAUGCAGAAGGGGGGGGACUCGCCCACCAGCAAGAGGAAGCGGGUCAAGUUCACCACCUUCAGCACGGUGGCCACCACCACCACGGCCGAGAGGGAGAGAGGGAGCCCCAGCAGCGGGAGCGUGGGCUCGGGCUCGGGGGGCACGACGACCGGAGGAGGAGGGGACAUCCAGUGGGUGUGUCGGGACGUGGAGCUCAAUGACUGCAAAGAGUUGAGGAACUACAUGGAGAGGCUGAGUGACGGAGUGCUAAGAGACGCAGUCUAAAAUCUCUUUAUCCCUUUCUCCCUCUAUCCCCUCCUUAUGUUUUUGUCUUUCAUUUUUUUUUUAUUUCUCGUUUUCUGUUGAUUUUCUGUUUGUUCAUUUUGUAAG